UCUGACAAUUGUUUUGAAAAUGGCUUUUUGAAAUAAUGGUUUUGAUAUAUUUAUGUUGUUUUCAGAUGAUCUGACGUAACAAAAAAAAAUAAAAUAAAAUUCAUGCUAUCAAGACCCGUCAUGUAAAAUACGUGUUUCAUUAUUAGCGCUAAAUAGCCGGAUAUGUUUUUUAUCGUAAAGCAACUUGCAAUACUUUGAUCUGCAAGACAAAAAUGGCCCAUCUACUAGUUGCAGAAAAGUUGAAACGUGUUUUGUAUAAAUUUAGCGAUGUCAACUACAAAGUUUCCGAUAGCGAUGACCUUUAUUUGCAGAAGCUAAUUGGCUUAUUGAACGGCUCUGAAAAUACGAAAUCAGGGGAAGGCCCGGCCCUCGCGAGGCUGCCCUUCUGCCUGGAGUGGCUGGGACACGUGGCCGGGGCGUGGGAGGGCGCCCCGCCCCACCCGAGCGUGGCCGCCUUCGCCCUGCGCCUCGCCGGGGUCGUGGCGGCCGACCCCGGGAAGUUCGCGCCCCUGCGGAGCGCCGGGACUCUGGACCGGCUGCUGGGCUCCCUGCAGGCGGAGGCGGACCGGAGCGGGUCCGUGGGGCUGGCGCGGGUGUCCCUGCUGGGCGAGCUGCUCCGGCACGACGACGGCUGCCGCUGGGUCAUGGACUCCGGUGCCUGGGAGCGGGUGGUCCGGUCCUCGCUGGAGACCAAGUGCCUGCAGGUGAGCCGGGAGGGCCACCGGUUUGUGGGCCGGCUGGUGGCCCGGCUGCAGGCGACGCCCGACUGCGACGGCUGCGAGCGGGUCCUGGGCCACAUUCUGGAGCCGCUGAGUCUCCAGGGGGGCGACGGCGACGGCGUGCAGGCGUCCGUGCUGCUGGCGAGCAGCGUGCUGGAGGGGGCCGUGUCGGGGCCGGGCGCUGACGCCACCCUCCUCGCGCUGGAGCGCCGCGGGCUGGAGCCGCUCAUGUGGCGGCUGGCGGCGCGGCUCUCCGCCGACGAGGCGUCCCUGCGCGGGGUGCUCAGGACGCUGCUGCUGCCGUGCUUCUUCGCGCCGCGCGACGCCCGCCGCCUGAAGGCGAAGGUGUUCGAGGUGCUGUCGUGGCUGACGGCGCGCGGCCUGGUGGCGAGCGUGCUCUACGCCUGCUACCAGUGCAAGGUGUACUUCCGCAGGUUCGGCGUAGACGAUGCGACGUUCGAGGACCGGUCCAAGCUCUACCAGCUGGAGGACCAGCUGCUGUGUUUCCAGAUACUGCCCAUGAUAUGCCUCAUGAAGAAACACCAAUCUCAAGAUGUGUUUGAGUGGAACUACGCCCAGAAGAUCUUCGACUUCUCGAGCGAAGAGACGGUCCGGCUGGCGUACCCCUUCAGGGACGCCUUGGUGGCGGAUAAGGAGAAAAUCCUGGAGCACGUGAGCCUGACCAUCAACUACAUAAUGCAGUUGAAAAACUACGUGGACAAGGAGUGGGCGGCCACGGUGUGCCAGGCGCUGGCCUACGCCCUCAAGAGCGUCGUGCUGAGACCGCCGGAGGAGCCCGUCGAGAGGUACUCCAGCCUGCUGUCGGCCAUCCUCGACGCCCUCUCCGUCCUCAUAGACCACUUCCGCAUCAGCUGGCGGGAGAGCGUGGAGAGCAUCUGCGUGUUCGCCUUCGGGGAGAUGCUGCUGAAGGACGCCUCGCUCCCGUCCAACGUGGCGGUGCGGGCCCUGGGGCUGAUGCAGGUGGCGGUGCGCAACCACCUGCCCCCCAACCUGGCCCUGCUGGUGGACACGGUGAGCGGCUCCUCGCUGCAGGAGCUGGGGCCCCUGAUGCAGCGCCGGCUGCACGACCCCAGCUGGGACGUGCGCGACAGCACGCUCGAGCUGCUGCGCACCGUCACCGAGGUGUCCCGCGCCGGCUUCCCGUCGUUCCAGGAGCUGGUGCUGGAGAGCGGGCUGUGCGAGCUGGCGCUGGCGGCGGCCGCGGGCGACGGGGAGAGCUACGUGCGGGCGUCCGCGCUCAAGUGCCUGGGCACCAUGGUGCGGGUGCCGCGCCUCUGGGACGCCUGCCUCGCCUCCCGGGAGCUGCCGGACAAGAUGGUUUCCAUUCUGACCAAGGAGAGCGAGGGACUGGUUCGUCGUGAAGCGGCCUUGCUGUUGAAGGAGAUCUACCAGCACCAAGGCCUACCCGGGGCGUCGCAGGGGCGGGUGUUUGCGGCGAUGGCGGCCGCCGCCACGAGCGACCUCUACUGGGAGGUGAAGCUGGGCGCGCUCUGCUUCUGGGAGAAGGUGAUCGAGCAGCGGCUGGGCGACCAGGGCAUGAUCGACGGGCGCUUCCCGGCCGUCACGUUCUCCCGGGAGGACCGCAAGAUCGUGACGCUGACGGAGGGCGAGGUGCGGGCGCGCAUCGGCCGCGCCCUGGAGGAGCUGGGCCGGCACGGCUGCCUGCAGGUGCUGCUGUCGGCCAUCCACGACUGCGACCUGCAGGUGGUGUUCAAGGCCUCGGCCGUCGUCACGUCGCUGUCGGCCCUGCUGUCGCAGUACGACCUGCUGCCGGCGGGGGGCGCGCCCGGACCGGCUGACGGGGACGAGGAGGCGGCGCGCCCCCUCAACGGCGAUGCGUGGGAGCUGUCCGCAGAGGACGGAGUCGUCCCGGACCCCGACGAGGUCAUAGAGAACAUCGUCAGCGAGUCAGACAUGGGCCUGCUGGCGCGGGUGUUCGCGGACCGGACGAGCGUGUCCGCCGCGCCCCGGAGGGUGGCCGUCGCGCCGAUGGCGGCCCGGGACUUCCUGUCGGCCCUGGGCGCGGUCGACCUGCGCCAGCUGGUGUCGGAGCGCGCGCGCUGGCUGGACGACUGCGGCGAGGGCCUGGGCUGCCUGCUGGACGACAUACUGCUCGCCCACGGGGACCCCGGCGAUCUCGUCACCGACUGUUACUGACGAUCUGAGUAGCCGUUACAUCGCUGCAUGUGCUAUGUUGAAUGUAUUCGCCGGAGCGUCAGUUCAGGAGAGACCUGUCGCCGUCAAACAUCACCAAAAAAUAUCUCACCUGUUCCGUUGUUUGAGACACGCUCCUGAUGUUUGGAGCACCGUUGGUUUUUUGCGUCCGGGACACGACGGUAAACGGGCAGAAUGAUUGAUUCAUGUGUGACCCCAUCACGAGUCUCGCUUCAGAGAAAUAAAGGCUAAACUGGUAUCUUUCUGGCAAUUUUUUAAUUCCUGGAAAAAAUCAGGGAAAAUCAGGAAGUGCGAGUUAGUUCAUGAAAAUUUAAAUGAAACUGUUUCGACGAAGCCUUGUCCUGUAUCGCUAGCUCUGACUGUGCCAUGUGUGUGGUGCUGUUGUGGCAAGUUCUCUUCAGUAAAAUAUUUUUUUUGGAAAUGUGCAACUUAAUUCCAUCUGUGCCUAGGAAUGGGAAUUUUGUGAUACACUGCUUUUCACGUGUUUUGCGGACUGUUUGUUACCCUUGAACAUAUUUGGCAUGACGCUAUAAGAUCUGCAAGGCAAAGCACGUCAGUGUUAAGAACUAGCACAAAAGUAAAUAACUGCUUGCUCGUAAAAUAUUGCAAGGAUAAAAAAUCUUUUUUUUUUAAAGACUGUGUGUUCUUCAUACUGUACGUAGUUUAUGUACAGAAAUUUCUUCAUUAUUUGCAACAAUUAAAACCAUUACAUCCCUCGCCUUCAUAGCAAAUGGCCAGUCGAACAAAGUUUUGCUGGAGGAAUUGCCUGAGAAUUAUUCUUGUAAAUACUUGAACAUUGUGAGUUAUGCUGUGUUGUGUGCGUAUAUAGCUGACAUUGCUGCGGUACGUUGGAAGUUUUUAUUUUUGCAGUGUUUACGGAAAAGCAUCUACUGAAGGCACUGAAAUGUGAAUUGCUUGUACAUCCAAAAGUUUUUGGUGUGUGUGUGUUUAGUACCUAAAAUGUGUUCCAUGCAAUUGGAUCUUCUCAGUGGAAAGAUGGUGGUACUAAUUCUUGUCGAACUUGAAUGGAACUGUUGAAGACUGGAAUUUUGGAAUACCUAUUUUAUGUAGUAAGUUGUGUAAAUAGGUUUUCAGAGCUGUGAGUGCAAUUCGUCUGUUGGAGUUACGAACGAUCUCGACUGACACCACAGUCAGAAUCACUAGGUACAAAGUGGUCCAAUUUGACGGUUUACUGAGAUAUUUACUUAGUGUUUGUGAAGAACAAAGGUUUGAAAUGUGAGGUAAUUUGUUUGUAAAAAUGUAAUACUUAGAUGUGCAGCAUCGGUUAAAGUGUGGACGUAGUGCACAGUUUUGCAUUUAACUUGAUAUUUCUGCGUGCUUGUGACGGGUGAUAAAUGUUCACAGCAUGUUAUUAUUUUUUUGUAUUCUCUAUUAUGUAUUAAAAUAUUUUAAAUCUCU